GCACCAAGCUAAUUCGUGUGGCUCGGAUCCCUCGUUCCGCUGGAUCUCGCUCGCACGCUCUCUCGUUGGCCCGCUCUCUCGCUCUCUCGCUUCCAAACAAUCAAGCGAAAUUCGAAAGGAAGUAAGGAAAUAAGGAAGGAAGUAAGCGAGUAAGUAAGUAAGUGAGUAGCGAGAUUGUUCCAUCCAUCUCGCAGUCCCAAUGGGCGGCACAGGAGUGGAACGACCUUAUUUCUCUCGUCAGACUUGUUGAAUGCGGAGUCAGUCGUGAACAACGGUCCACAGACUCAUAUCGUCGCCGCUCCAGUCAAAACAACAAUGGCCUUGGAGGGCUGAAGCGGCCUGGCCGAGGCAUAAUUUGAAAAUCCUUUAUCACAAAGGAGAUGCGAACAAUUGUUGCCAGAGUGGCAGACGCGACAACUUCAACAUUUAUCACACCAUUAUUACAACCAACAACAAUGGCCAAGGACGUGUCCACUGAAUACGGAAGUGGGGAAGCAGAGUGCUCCUGUGAUUUUCCGACAAACACAUAUCCAGUUUGAGUGAAGUGAAGCAAAGUAUAACAACCAAACCAGAUGCAUCGCAAUCAGUUAAUUGGCAGAUUCUCAUGGUAAAGUGCUACUUCCGGGUUUCGGGUCACAAGUCAAAAACUACUUUGCCUAGAGACUUGGAAGUUAACCUCGUCAAGAAUGCAAAGGAGCCAUCAGUUUCUGUCUGCGGAUGAUCGUCGUCCAAGUGUCGUGUAUGAGGAGGACUUUCCCAUUUUGGCGCGUCGAGGCAGUGUCACCAUGACCUUGCGCAUCACCUCGGAAGAAGACGCACCAGACGCCGAAGAUGAGCUGGACGACGAGGACACCACCGAUGAAGGAGACGAAUCUGGUCUUAAGCAACCUCAGUUGGACUCUCUCUCCAUUGAUUGUGAUCCCAAUGAGGAAGACAACACCAGAAGAUUGUCCCAAGCCAGCAUCGAGAGUUCUGGUAGUUUCCGGAGUUGGUCCGGCUCGAUUUCAGCCAGUGCCGUGACUUUGGUGUCGAGCACUUCCUCUUGCAACACCUUGAAGGUGCCAGGCUUGUCCUCCAAUUCCUCCAUUGAGGAGUUGAUGGACCCCAAGUACAUCCUGCGCCAUCGGGCCAUAUCCAAAGCGAGGAGCACGGACUCGGUAGAGAACAACUCCUUGAACCCGUCGCUGCAUCCGUCUCGAAGAUACAGUACGAAUAGUUAUCAUUACUACGAAAACUUCAUCAAGGGUCGGCGAUCCAGCUACGGUCCUUCUGCCUAUGGGUCUUCUUCGAUGGCCUCCCCGGCCGUCUUGUCUGGCAAUGAGAAACUUAGAUUAAUGGCGAGACGUCGUCUUUCGGAUCAGGUAAGGAGCUAAUGAAUGUUGACUUAGGACGUCGCUCUACCCUCUCCUUGGGUUGAUUGUUUUUCCUCAGAGGGGCUUUAUUAGACCUGGAAUUAAUAGCAU